CAUCCUUUGACCCCUCCAAAACCAAAAUCUGAAAGACACAAGCAUUUGUUGUCCCAUAUUCCGACGUCCGUGAUAGCACAACAACUACGAUCUUCUAGACUCCUAUCUCUCCUAGAAACUCCCAAUGCAAGAAACAUGCGAAGCAGCAGCGGAACACAUGCCCGAAACACAACAAACCGCAGCUGAGGGGCCCGCCUGCGCAAAUAACUCCGUCUUAUUAACCACUCUGCGCGCCUUACCACAGGACCCGCUGGGCUUCUCUCAUCUGGGCAUGGACGGAGUGUGGCGAAACUGGGGUCAGGGUCGCAACGUGGUCAGCUAUCGUGCUCUCAGCCCCGAAGAGAUUUCUGAGGUGCUUGGGAUUUUCCCUGGCUGGAUGCGGGAAAAGUUCGAGCAGGGGCUGGAGGGGGUGGAUGGGAGGGAUGUGAUGGAUAUUGAGCAGCUUUUGCAUCCUAGGGAGGAGCUCUUGCCGAAAUUUGAAGAUGAUGGGGGGUUGUAGUCAAUCGCUGUUGUAUGAGGAAGAAGAAAACUUUUCUUUUCCUUUCUUCCUUUUGAUCUUUGAUUUCUUUUUCUUUUUCCUCCCUCCACACUUCUUGAGGUGACUUUGAGUUUUCUGUUACCUGCCUACUUAUUGUCGGCUCCCUCUCAAGGUCGUGGGUUUGGACUGUUCUCGAAGACAGGCGGGGUACUAGUUCUUUUACUAAAGCUGCUUACCAAUCAACCAGAUGUGAUGUUAGAGACUUCUAUGAUGUGAG